GUAAAACUGAACCCGGUCCAAUUAAAAACAAAGGCCUCAAUUCUCACAGCCCAAAAGUUCUCACUCUUACGCGCUCUGCGCGUAGCGUAAUCUCUAGGCUUGCUUCUUCUUCUUCUUCUUCUUCUUCUUCAGAUAUCCUCUGCUUCUGCAAUCGGAUCCGAUCUUUGAUCAGUUGUCGCCAGCACCCUGAGCAAAAUAUGUCUGGUACAAACAUGGAGGAGGUUAAGGACCAAGAGGUUGCUGAUAGCACUCCUAUGGAUCUAGGUGAUGGUGACAAUGCCGGGGUAGACCCAAAAGCUUCAAAUGAAAAUCAUGGAAAUCCCAUGCCUUCAGCCCAGCAGGAGGAAGCAGCAAUUAAGAAAAAGUAUGGAGGCAUACUGCCAAGGAAGACUCCCCUAAUAUCCAAGGACCAUGAGCGUGCUUAUUUUGAUUCUGCUGAUUGGGCACUUGGAAAGCAAGGUGCAAAGCCGAAAGGGCCGCUUGAAGCACUCCGCCCAAAGCUACAGCCCACACCGCACCAGCAAGGGCGUUCAAGGCGCUCAGCUUAUUCUUCUGGAGGCGAAGGUGAUGAUGGCGGAAAUAUGAACAUUUCAUCGGAGGACCAACUAGAUGGUGGCAGCGGUGACAACACUGGCGAUGAGGAUCAGACCCGCCACCACGAGUAGCUGCUGCCUCCCACAUCUUCGCAAAUUAGAAGCCGAGGAUUUGGUCGUUAGUAAAAUACCAGAGCGAAUAAGAUAUACGAUCCGAAUUUUCGUACUGGUUUUGUAACAUGUAUAACAUGAAUCAUGUACACACUCUUGAACACAUGACGUUCAUUUGUUUAAAAUUGCAAUUUUUUUGUUUGGUCAAA